GUGAAGACUGCGAGCAUUUGACUGCUGGAUUAAAAUGAUGUUAAAAAUGCUUUCACACCACCUGCCUAUAACAUUUGCACUUUAAUACGCUGUCAGAAAAGUCGAUCCUUUGUUGCAGGAGCCACACAAUGCAACACAAGACAAGAUGAGAGACGGUAUACAUCAGAAAUAAAACAAGCUAAACUACUUUAUAGAAAAUAAACCAAACACAUAAAUAAGGCAAAAUAUGUAUAUGAUGUGCAAAAAACGACUGACGCCGUUUUUCUUGGCAAACGCAAACAUAAUAGUUGUUGUCAACCCCGGCCUCAAAAAACAUGACGUGCAACCAAUAAAUAUUAAUGGUUGCAAUUCAACGUUAUACCGCUAGAUGGCAGUAUGAGACAAGGGUCGCUCAUCAACGGGCUGUGAUUGACAGGGUGUUACUUGGUAACCUAGCUACGGAGCGUAAAAUAACACGGUGCUCACAUGACGCAGCGAAAUGUCGACCGUACGCGAACUAAGUCUAUUAAUUUAAGAGUUUAUUUCUUCAAGUGGGUGAAUAGUGAGUAUUUGAAAUAUGUACGGGCGGGCUCCAAGAGUCACCUUCCUGACAAAUAAUGGGACCUCUGCCACUGUGGGCCCUGGAUCUUACAACAUCAGCACAAGACUUUCUACAGUGUCAGAUGGCUAUGCUCCUUUCUUGUCCUUGGCUAGCAGACUACCAGUGCUCAGUGAGUCCAGUGGAACAGAACCAGGACCUGGGUGCUAUGACUCCUCACCUGUGAAGCUGAACGUCCACGGUGGCUGCAGCCUGCAGAACCGCUCCAAGCGUUUUCAGGAUCCAGUGUCUGAGGGUCCGGGCCCGGGGGCCUAUGAUGUUCUGGAGCCAGCCUCAGGGAACAAGCCCGGGGCCCGGAUGACUGAUGAUGGACUCUCUGAGAAGCUUGGCAGGAGAAUGGUGUAUCACACUAAAAGUCUCCAGAGGCUUGUUGGCCAGUCAGACGUUCCAUCCAUUCCCUCACCGGGUCAAGCCUGUGGAUACGAGGAGGACGCCCUGGGGGUGCUGCGCAAGCAGGAGCCUCCAACCAGGGACACCAGCCUGGGCCCCGCCUACUACAGCCCCCUGACAGCAGAGAAGAGUUGCGCACAAAAGUAUAAAGGCGUCCACUUUGGCAACAUGACGGCAAGGAGAGGCGAGGUGAUGAAGGAUGAAGUCCCUGGUCCAGACCACUAUUACCCUGAGAUCGUCCCAGGAACACACUAUGAGAAUGUAAACAUGCGAAAAGAGCGGAGUGGCAGGGCCCAGCUGGUUACACCUCGUUACCACGACCUCGUGGCCAUACAGGAGGAAAAAAAGGCAAUUCCUGGUCCAGGUCACUAUGACAUCAGAGGUCAGUUUGAGAGGCCCAGUGACCAAAAGCAGCAGAUCACGUCCACCUUCCUCUCUCAGACCGAGAGGUUCAAGACUGCCAAAGAAGUGUCGCCUCCUGUCGGUGCGUAUAAUGACCCGCGGUGUGCCCUCCCGACGCUACACGGCACAGCGGGGCACAGCAAAAGCCCCUUUGGUGUCACGGCAGCACGCUUCCCUCCUAACAGAAAUGGAGGCGCCACACCAGGUCCCGGGUCCUACGACAUCUUUGCCUACGGUUUGGCCCAGGAGAGUUUUAAAAGGGCCUUUUUAGAGCGAGCCAAGAAGGGAGGCUUUGGCUCCACAGCUAAACGCUUCAGCAUCUUCUUCAAUAAGGAAUCGAUACUAGGACCGAGUCCAGGAGAGUACGAGGUAGAAAAGCAUCCCGAGGAGCUCUACAAAAAGCAGCCCACGGCCGCAUUCCGAUCAGCCGCACCGCGCCUCACGUCCUCACUUUUGGCCAAAGACUCCCCAGCACCCAAUGCCUACCAUGUAAGCAGGCCAUUCCAGGCAGCAGGUGGACACUCUGCAGCCAGAAGUGAAGACGCCAAAAGACGACAAAGCAGCUUUCUCUCUGCAGCACCACGACACGCGUCUUUUCUGCAAUGUGUGCACAGCGGGCCCGGUCCAGCUCACUACAACCCCGGUGUGAUAUCCUCCACUCCAAUGGUCCUGAUGGCCUCCAGGGAAAAUCGCUUCAAGGUGUCCAUGAACACCAACCCUGGACCUGCUGCUUAUCAGUUGAGUCCAAGCGUCAUGAACACGGUGCUGAAGGGAACCUACAACGUGACACUCAACAAUCCUCUUUGUCGCCACCGCCGCUCUCGCCUGGACCGCCAUCCCAACGACGUCUCAACUGAUACGUUUGUGGCUACCAAUACGUCUUAGCAAGGAAACAACUUGGAUGAAGAUAAGUGCCCCUUCCUGGGAGAUGGAUUAAACAGUAUGCUAAACAUAGUCAUCGUAAUCUAAAAGCUGCAAGGUGCUUUUCCAACAUGUCGCUUAUAUUGGUUUCCAGCAGCUCCUUGUGGGAUCAUGUUUUAUUUAAUGACAAUCAAGCAGCUCUGGAGACAAUUAAGGAAAAAAAAGUAAUGUUAAAAUGUCAUAUCUGAAGCCAUAUCUGCUGAUUAGGCAUAAAUCAAGAAUCCAUUUAUUAUGUAGAUUAGUGCUGACCGGCAGAGGAACAAACAGGUGUGAAAGUCACAUAGGAGACUCAUAACUCACAACAAGGUCCGAUGUGGCUUACGCUUGCUGAUGAAAUUGGAUUUUUAAUUGAUAGACGGACACACACACACACACACACACACACACACACACAGUAUGUGUAUAUAGCACAACAUCUAUAUGCUAUGCUGUCCUGAUUAGUUAGACUUCAAGGAAAACCUUAAAGGAGCUUUAACCUGCUCAUUUCGGGGGCUUUUAAAAUGAUAUUGGACCUCAGUGGGGCACUCCAGUAACUUCAUUUGAAUAAAGUAGUCCAUAAAUCUCAAGGUAUGUACAGGGUAAAUCUGCAUUCUUCUCCUCUUGGCCCAAAUGCUCAAUUCGGGAACUCCUCCUCCAACCGCACCUACUCUGAUGUGAUUGUUCAGGGGUCCAAGGUCGGCCCCACCCCCAAUGCUUAGAUGCUUAUAUUUAGGUGCGCUCAACGGUCUGCAAUUUACGGUAAUUGGUUGAAUAUUGGACAAUCCGAAUUCAUGAGACAGUUGUCCGUGAAGUGGCGAGAGCAGAGGAGCAGUUACCGUGAGGUAGGUCUUUAGCUCCCCUGAAAGCAAAAAAAAAAAAUCCAUUGCUGUCUUACUCCAGUCCUACAUCCGAAAAAACACUUUCUGGCUGCCAUUUUCAAGAAAAAGCGAAAAACUGUACUGAACAGAAGUCGCCGAUUAUCGCUGGGCACUCGGCAAGUUGCCAUACGUAGCAUACAUACUUUAACGCCUGCAGCACUCUCUCGAAAUAUAACAAGAAAACUACAAAAAAAAACAGCAAAAAUGGAAAAAUCAACAGUCAUUUUACAAAAAUAAAGUAAAAAUAUUAAACGAAUAAAGAAUGACUUCAUAAUAUGAUGAGGAAAAAUAACAUCGUUUUAGCAGCACAAUCACAAAACAAAUAAAGUUGUUAAUUUUGAAAAAUUUGGUUGCAGAAAAAGUCAGAAUGUUAAAGUAUUGUGGGAAUAAAGUCAUUAUCACAAGAAGAACAUUUACAAGAAGAAAGUUAGAAGAAAGAAGAAAGAAGAAAGCUGUAAUUUUACGAGAAUAAAACUGUUAAGAGAAAAAAGCUGUCAUGUAACAAGAAAAAGUCAUCAUUUUACAAGAAUACCGUCAUAAUAUUGUGAUAAAUAACGCCUUUCAAAUUAAGUUGUAAUUUUUGGAAAAUUAGGUUGGGGGAAAAAGUUAUAAUUUUAUGUGACUAAAGUAAAAAUAUUAUGGGAAUAAAGUCAUAAUAUUACAAAAAGAUUCAUUUAGAAGAAAGUUGAAAUAUUUGGGAAAUUUAGAAAAAAAGAAAAAGAAAAGCAAAAAUGGGAAUGAAGAGCAAGGACCGAAGUUGAUACUAAAUAAGAGGCUUUUUCACCUACAUCACAUCACAAAGCUGAGAUGCACUUUUAUCUUGAAAUAUGAACUGUAUAAGUUACUUGAACAGUACAGUAUCUACAGUACAUGUGUUGUGUUACAAAAUAAAAGUGGCCCUUGCAUCCUUUCUUUUUUCACUAUGUUGCCGUCGCUGGAAAACGUUUGGACACCCUGUCAAAUGUUUGGAUACACCUUCUCUUUCAAUAGCAUGAGAAAGUGUGUCCAAACUUUUGAGUGCUGCUGUUUGUGUUUUUAAUUGGACAGCGACGGCGUUGAUUGGUUUGUUUCCCUAAGUAAUUCUUCCUGGAAACAUACGUAUCUUAAGCAGCUGUCGCUCGUUUGUUAACCAAUAAAAAAUACUGAUUAACGUCCGUUUCAACAAUUAUCAAGAGUUCUAUUGGGGACGGAGUCAAGGUUUGGCACAGCUAAUUAGAUGAAAUAAUGCCUCAGUCUCCGAGACAGAGCCCUUUAGCAAAUGAGGUCAUAAAAAGUGCCUUUUGGAUGCCUGAGCACAAUGAAAACAGUCAUGAAGGCGGGGGGGACGAGCAUAAGGACAGCUCACGGUACGUCUUUGGCCCACACGAGACGUCACUUAGUGGCCGCCUGCUGCUGCUGUGAGGAGCCGACGCAAAGGAGGGCCCGUUUCAGCAUCCAUCACUUUUACGGCGCUGGCCUGUUUGCAUAUUUUAGAGCUCUAAACAACGUGAGUGAUGUGCCGUGUAAUGCACUGUAAUGGAGAUUUAUACAAUCAGGGGGUGGAGGUGCUAGAGACCGUCCCGGAAACCAGGUGGGGCUGAUUUAUUUCAUUUAAUUAGAUCGCUGAUGUAAAACAGCUCGCGGGGGGGGUUAAAAAAGGUAAAGACGAGCGCCAAGGGAGAGAUAAAUACUUCCCUCCCUGAUCUUCUCCUGACUCUCCUCUGCUGAUACACAAGCUCUCCUUUAUUUCCAUGUCUUCCUCUUGUUGUGUUUUGUCUACUUCCUGUCUCCCGCCCCACUUCAACCCCACCCCUAGCUGAGUGAUGAUGCAGGGGUGAAGCCCUCAUUAGGCUAAAAGGCCCACAGGGAGAAUGCUGGAUGAUCACAUUAGUAACACCAAAUGAGCUGAUAUGCAAACUACCAUCUCAACUCCUUCCUUGACUUGUAUUUAGCCUGUGCACUUCCUGUGUUACCUCAUCGUGUUAACACCUCUGACACCUGAUGUUCAACAUCUGGACCACAGCGUCACAUUUGCUUGAAGAAUGAGUUCAUCUUACUCAUUUAUUUCAUUGCUGUUUGUUGACUAGUCUGCAGCACAUUCUAAACAAACAAUAAAAAAAAGAAAAUGUAAUAAAACAGAAGCAAAAAUGGAAAACCCUCUAGUAAUUUUACCAGAAUAAAGUAAAAAAUAUUAGGGGUAUAGUCAUUAUAUUUAGAGAAAAUAUUGUACUGUGUCAUCAUUUUAUGAGAAUAAGGUUGUAAUAUUAGGAGGAAAAAUACAUUAUUUUAGAAGCGUAAAGAAACAAAACGUUAUUUUUUUUAAAGUUUGGAUAUUAUGAAAAAUGAAAAACAGAAUAAAGUUGUGAUUUUUGGAAAAUGAAGUUGGGGGGAAAAGUUAAGAAUAUGAGAAUAAAGUCCAGAUAUGACCAGAAUAAAGUCAUAAUAUCGCAAGAAAAAAAUGUACCGGAAGAGAGUUGAAAUAUUUGUAAUUUUUUUUUUUAUAUAAACAGAAGAAACUUGCAAGAAAAACUUAAUACGAAUAAUUGGGGAUGUCAGAAGACACUCUGUUCACGAGACGAGACGAUACACGAGAUUGGGUCUGUGGGAACGAGAUGAAACAAGAUUUUAACAUUACUUUGAAGAAAAGUACAAUGACAAAAUAUAAAAAUGUCAUUUCAUUUUUACUGUUUUACACUCUUGUGCGCUCCGUGUGUAAGCUACCGGCCCUGCCUUCAUCCACUGAGACAAAGACUGACAAAAGGGCUCACUCCGUUCAUGCCGUUGUUCUAUGAAACAAACGUGCCAAGGUGCCAGAACCAAUGCACAGAAACCAGUGCACAAAGUGAACGUGCUUCUUGCCUGUUUGGAGGCGGGAGACCGGCGGGACGAAAACAGACAUGAACAUGCCAAUAUAUUGAAGCUGGAAAAAUGAUCAAAUUCAUUUUCAUUUAUUGUAUUUAUACAUCUUUUAGGAGGAGUGUAGCAAUGGUUACGCAUUGUUGGGAAAUGCAUAACCAAUUUUCCAAAUGUGAAA